CAGAGCUACAACUGUUUGCCAUUGCUGUAGUGUAAUGUCUAUUAGGACCUAGCAGCAUUGGAAUGAAUCUGCCUCUCGGUAUGUCCUAACCUAUUCAAGAUCCCAGCUGCCGUGAGCUUCUGUGACAAAAGGUUUCUGUGUGACAAAUAGAACUCAAGUCUGCUUUUAAGGAAGACAGCUGUUCAGAACUCUCUCUGAAAAUGGCAGAAGCUCAUCAAGCAGUAGCUUUUCAAUUUACAGUAACUCCAGAUGGGAUUGACCUGCAAAUGAGUCAUGAGGCACUCAAACAAAUUUACCUAUCUGGUGUCCAUUCAUGGAAGAAAAAGUUCAUCAGAUUCAAGAAUGGAAUUAUCACUGGAGUUUAUCCUGCUAGCCCAUCUAGCUGGCUUAUUGUAGUUGUGGGUGUGAUGUCAACAAUGUAUGCCAAAAUUGAUCCUUCUUUAGGAAUAAUAGCUAAAAUCAACCGAACACUUGAUACAACUGGCUAUAUGUCAAACCAAACACAGAACAUCGUGAGUGGAAUACUUUUUGGCACAGGGCUUUGGGUUGCCCUUAUUGUCACAAUGCGCUACUCUCUAAAAAUGCUGCUUUCCUAUCAUGGUUGGAUGUUCGCUGAACAUGGCAAACUUUCCGCAGGCACCAAGUUUUGGAUGGCACUUGUAAAACUCUUCUCAGGACGUAAACCUAUGUUGUACAGUUUUCAGACUUCUUUACCACGAUUGCCAGUUCCAGCUGUUAAAGACACAAUCAAUAGGUAUCUGGAAUCAGUUCAGCCACUUAUGGAUGAUGAAGAGUUCAGAAGAAUGGAGGGUCUUGCCAAAGAUUUUGCAUUUAAUUUGGGGCCAAGGCUUCAGUGGUAUUUGAAAUUAAAAUCCUGGUGGGCCACAAACUAUGUUAGUGAUUGGUGGGAAGAAUAUAUCUACCUUAGAGGACGUGGACCGAUUAUGGUUAAUAGUAACUAUUUUGCAAUGGACUUUCUUUAUUUAUCUCCCACAACCCUGCAGGCAGCUAGAGCUGGUAAUGUUAUCCAUGCCAUCCUGCUCUAUCGGAAAAAGCUGGACAGACAAGAAAUCAAGCCAAUUCUUCUGAUGGGAUCUACUGUUCCACUCUGCUCAGCUCAGUGGGAACGGAUGUUUAAUACCUCCCGUAUCCCAGGAGAGGAAUCAGAUACUCUGCAGCAUGUGAAAGACAGCAAACACAUUGUUGUGUAUCAUAAGGGCCGUUACUUCAAAGUGUGGCUGUACCAUGAUGGUAGACUGUUGAAGCCCCGAGAAAUUGAACAGCAGAUGCAAAGAAUUCUUGAUGAUGAUUCAGAGCCUCAGGCUGGUGAAGAGAAACUAGCAGCUCUUACUGCAGGAGAUAGAGUACCAUGGGCUAAAGCUCGACGGGCUUAUUUUAACUGUGGAAAGAACAAACAGUCCUUAGAUGCUGUUGAAAAAGCAGCAUUUUUUGUGACAUUGGAUGACAGCGAGCAAGGGUACAGGAAAGAAGAUCCGGUGAGGUCACUGGAUGCGUAUGCAAAAUCCUUAAUACAUGGCAGAUGUUAUGACAGGUGGUUUGAUAAAACAUUCACUCUUAUAGUAUUCAAAAAUGGCAGAAUGGGUCUGAAUGCAGAGCAUUCUUGGGCAGAUGCUCCUAUUGUUGGACACCUGUGGGAGAAUGUAAUGGCAACUGAGUAUCUUGAACUGGGCUAUUCAGAAGAUGGGCAUUGCAAAGGAGAUACCAAUCAAAAUAUUCCUAUUCCUACCAAACUACAGUGGGAAAUUCCAGAAGAAUGUCAAGAAGUGAUUGAGAGAUCUCUGAGCACUGCCAUAGCUCUGGCAGAUGAUGUGGACUUCCAUUCAUUUUUCUUUGAUGCUUUUGGGAAGGGACUAAUAAAGAAAGCAAAAACCAGCCCUGAUGCCUUCGUGCAACUUGCCCUGCAGCUUGCUCACUAUCGGGACAUGGGAAAAUUUUCUUUAACAUAUGAAGCCUCUAUGACACGCUUGUUCAGAGAAGGCAGGACCGAAACUGUUCGUUCAUGUACUGUUGAAUCAUGUAAUUUUGUUCGAACCAUGGAAGACCCAACUGAAAGU